CGACAAUGUCCAAACGAAAUAUUUGUCUACAUGUCUAUGAUUUGAACUCGUCAGUUUAGGCCCAAACGCCCGGACACUUGAAGAGGAAAAAAAAAACCACAAGAAUUUCAUCUUUCUGGGACUGUGUGAAACAAGAGAUUAAUGGAAAAUCCAGUAGCAGAUGAUCUCGUGGAGUUCUUGAAUGCCUCCCCAACAGCUUUUCACGCAGUGGAUGAAGCCAAGAAGAGACUGAGAAGUGCCGGGUAUGAGCAAGUAUCAGAGAGGGAUGACUGGAAACUAGAAGCUGGCAAGAAAUAUUUCUUCACCAGGAAUCACUCAACAAUUGUUGCUUUUGCUAUUGGUAAAAAAUACACUGCUGGGAAUGGGUUUUACAUCAUUGGUGCCCAUACUGACAGUCCCUGCUUAAAGCUGAAGCCCAUUACAAAGGUUACAAAAGGUGGGUAUCUUGAAGUUGGCGUACAACCUUAUGGAGGUGGCCUGUGGCACACGUGGUUCGAUCGUGAUCUGGCCAUUGCUGGAAGAGUGAUAGUUAGAGAGAAGAAAGAUGAGUUGCAGUCAUUCUCUCACCAGCUUGUCAGAAUUGAGGAGCCUAUUAUGCGGGUCCCGACUUUGGCGAUCCACUUGGACAGGGAGGUAAAUGAUGGUUUUAAGGUUAACAAACAAAAUCACCUUGCUCCGGUGUUGGCUACAUCAGUUAAGGCUGAGCUGAAUAAACAAGCUGCCGGGAAUUGUUCCAUUGAAAGUGGGUCGAGUGCAGGGAAGAAAGCAGAUGGAAGGACAACUACCAACCAAAAGCACCAUCCCCUUCUUCUGCAGCUGAUUGCCACUCAGCUUGGGUGCGAACCGGAUGCAAUAUGUGAUUUUGAGUUGCAAGCGUGUGAUACCCAGAAAAGUGUCAUUGCUGGGGCCUUGAAGGAGUUUGUUUUGUCUGGAAGAUUAGAUAACCUCUGUAUGUCGUUUUGCUCUUUGAAGGCACUGAUAGAUUCAACUACUGCUGAAAAAAGUCUGGAGGACGAGAGUGGGAUAAGAAUGGUGGCUUUGUUUGAUCACGAGGAGGUUGGAUCUGACUCCGCACAAGGAGCUGGGUCCCCUGUUAUGUUGGAUGCCUUAUCACGUAUUACUUCUUCAUUCAGUUCGGAUACAAAGCUCCUACCGAAAGCAAUUCAGAGGAGUUAUCUAGUAUCAGCUGACAUGGCUCAUGCCUUGCAUCCAAAUUACAUGGACAAACAUGAAGAGAACCAUCAGCCCAAAAUGCACGGUGGACUCGUCAUCAAACACAAUGCAAACCAAAGAUAUGCAACCAAUGCAGUAACUUCUUUCUUGUUCAGGGAGAUUGCAGCCAAUCACAAUCUUCCUGUACAGGAUUUUGUGGUUCGUAAUGACAUGGCUUGUGGUUCGACAAUCGGGCCCAUAUUGGCGAGUGGUGUGGGCAUUCGCACAGUUGAUGUUGGGGCCCCACAACUGUCGAUGCAUAGUAUAAGAGAAAUGUGUGCAGUUGAUGAUGUGAAGCAUUCUUACCAGCAUUUCAAGGCCUUCUUCCAAGAUUUCUCACAUUUGGAUGCCAAACUCACUGUCGACAUUUAAGGUUUACCACUUGUUUGGUGCACUUGAAACUUUUUUUUUGUUUUUAAUCAUUACAUGGAGUUUUUGAUUAUGUUCUAGUCGGGCUCGAACGCAAAUAGCAUUUGUUAAUCUAUUUUUCCCGUAUUUGAUUGAGGAGCACUAAAUUAGAAGGUGAAGGUGUUACUCAGAGUCCAUUGUUGUUCCUUCCAAGUUCCGAUAAAAAGUUGCUUAUGUCCCUAAAAAGAGCACGCUUCUCAUAUUCUUUAGUGAUAAACCCAAUUCACCCUGCAGACGGGGAGUGAUUGGACAUUUAUUUUUUUCAGAUAAUUUAUUUUGGACAA